CGGUUCCUCCUUCCCGUCAUCCACCUCCGCCACAUCCACCAUCGAGGAGCAGAAACAUCCGCUCGGCAUAGGGUGGCUGACAGCCUCACCAUGGAUCCCAAGGAGGCCAUUGGGGGUGAGAAGGAGAAAGAAAAAGAGAAGGUGAUAAAGAGGAGGAACCGGCCCGUGUUCCUGCGUUACCUGGAGAGGAGAAAGACGGACACCAUAGUGGCUGAUGAAAUGGCCAAAGGUGACUUCAACCUGGGGACGCUGGUGAGGAGGAGUCAGUCUGACAAGACGGAGUACAGCGCUAAACUUAAAGAGAAAAUGACUCCACAUGACCUGUCCACACCCCCCUCUCCAGCCCUGGACCCAGAGGAGGUCCGCUUGAGGAAGAUGAACCGCAGGGCAAAGGUCAUUCAGGAGCUUGUGCAGACUGAAAAAGAUUACCUCACAGACCUGGAGCUGUGCAUCAGAGAGGUGGUGCAGCCUCUACGCAACAUGCAGGUUGUGGAUAUCGAUCGGCUAUUCACCAACAUGGAGACAUUGUGUGAAGUAUCUGCAGCUCUCGUUCACAGACUGCAUGAGGCCCUGGCUGACCCUGAUCCAGAAGCAGUUGUUAUAGGAGAAGUAUUCAUCCAGGCGAAGGCAGCUUUAGAAGAUGUAUAUAAGAUUUACUGUUACCAUCACGAUGACGCCAACUUGUCGCUCAAAUCGUAUGAGAAAGAGGAAGAAAUAAAGCAACAUUUCACCACAUGUAUAUUGGCACUGAAGAAAAUCUAUGACCAAGAGGGUAAACCUAACUUGCUGAACAUGGGUUCACUGCUCAUCAAACCGGUCCAGAGGAUCAUGAAGUACCCGCUGCUGCUCGGGGAGCUGUGGCAGGCCACACCCGAGGACCAUCCUGACUGUCGUCCCCUGCAGGAGGCGUUCACUGCUGCCAAAAUCAUUAAUGUGAACAUCAAUGAGUUCAAGAGGCGCAAGGAUAUAGUAAUGAAGUAUAAGCGGUUGGAAGAUGAAGGGACACUGAGGGGAAAACUAAACAAGUUCAACAUUCACUCCAUCCGUAAGAAAGGAGACAGGUUCGCCGGUUAUCUCAAGAUCCUCACCGGAGUUGAACCACAGGUGAGAGAUGAAGUAUUUGACAGAGAGGAGAAGCUGUUCCGAUGUCUGGAGAAAGCCGUGAGGCAGCUGGUCAAGAAUCUUCAAUUUUACCUGCUGCACAUUCAGGAGAUGGUGUCUGUAGCUGUCCAGAACAUCCAGGACAUGGAGAACAUUGUUAAGGAUCCAAACAAAAAUGGGAUAAAUGGCUCAUUGCACAAUAACGGAAAUGAUCCCUAUAAGCACUUUAAAGACAGUAUGGAGCGCUUGGUCCUCGUCCCCCUCUCCUCCCUGCAGGGCAUGUUCACAGCCCCCCAGAAGCUCAUCCAGAAACGCUAUGACAAAUUGCUGGAUUACUGCAGCCGCCUCGAGCGCUCUUCCUCUUUUUCAUCUUCACCAUCCACCCCUUCUUCCUCCCCUUUGCCGGCACCAGAGGACCCGGCCGGGCCUACCAGGAGGGACUAUGAAGCGAUCAACGCUUUGCUGGUGGAGGAGUUGCAGAGGUUCAACAUGGCCGCCUACACCAUCCUGACCAACUGUGUGGUGUAUCUGGUCACCCUACUCAGAGAGCUGAUGGAUAAAAUACUACUCCGUGCUCCGUCCAUGCAGCAGCUACCAGCUCCACUGUCGAACAUUGCUGAGGUGCAGAGCAGCAUCAUGGAUGAGCUGAAUAAUCUGACUUUUGUUAAAGAUAAUGCACAGAAGCUAAUGGAGCGUAAAGUCAGCUUUGAGAGACAACGAGACAAGAAAACAACGACAAUGGAGGUGCAGCAUCAAACAGAGGAACAGCGAGCCCGGCUGCUGACAGAACACCCCCUGAACCGUCUGUACCAGCUGAAGAGGAAGUGUAACGGCUGCCAGGAUCAGGACCUCAGCCUGCUGGAGGGAGAACUGGUGGCCCUGCUGGAGGAUACGGACCCAUUGGGCAGCAGCAGCCGCUGGCUGGUUCACACUGGAGGUGCACAGGGCUACGUCUACUCCACAUUUCUGAAGCAGUACAACCCUCUGAGGGACUCGCAGCGAGCCGGCCAGAUGGUCAAAGAGCAGCAGCCGCAGCAGCAGCAGCAGCAGCCGCCGCCGCCUGUCAUGGUGGACGAUGACUUCGAUGACCUCAGCCUGUUUGUGUCGGGCAGUGGCAGCAGCAGCCUGCGAAGCUUCAACCUCACCACCACUGACAGCAGCUCAACCCUCUCUGGCCUACAGGGGGAGCCAGAGAGCGUGGAAGACCUGGAGGACACAUCGGACACAGAUGCUCAGCAGUUUUAUGCCGUGUAUGCAUUUCAAGCCCGUUGUGACCAGGAGCUGACCCUACAGGAGUACCAGCAUGUCCGCAUCCUCCAGUUCUGUGACGUGGGAGGCAACAAGGAGUGGUGGUUGGCUGAGGCUAACGGACAGAAGGGAUAUGUCCCGGCCAACUACCUUGGCAGGAUGUCCUAUGCCUAA